UUAUAAAAAGCGAGAAAAGAGGGGAGAAAAUAGAGAGAGAAGCGGAAGAAGAAAAACCGAACCCGGCGGCCCGCUGUUGUAGAGCAAAGGAAGAAAAAGCGAAGAGAAGAGAGAAGAAGAAGAAGAAGGAAGAGGAGGAGGAGGAGCAUCAAAACCCUAGAAAUCGUCUGUCUGUUUCUCACCCUCUCAAAAUCGCGCGUAAGACCGCUUUCCCCUCUUCAAAUCUCUUCCUUUUAUUUUUCCUUUCAUUUCUCGUUGUAGAAUCGCCUGAUUCGAAACUCAUCUCGGAAACCUCUGAAAACACGCAUUUCUGCAUCUAGAUCGGGGAAUCGAUCGCUGCGGCUAGCUUUUUCCCUCCCCUUUUCUCGUGUUCCGCUCGUUUUCUCGCGUUUUCUGCCUCGGAUCUCGUUCCGAGGCUAGAAAUUAGGGUUUUAUCGAGGCGUUUGGUGGAGGAGCGAGAGGGAGGAGGUUUUAGAGGUUUUCGCGGCGUUUUACAGUCAGAUCUUUGGGUUUUUGGUGAAAAUGGAGUGAAAAAUGAGGUUUCUCUUCGGAAGGGAUUGAUGGAACGAGGCUGUUUCUGCGUCUCUUUGUAGAAAAGCAAAGUCCUGUUUCGUUUCAGCUCAGAUCUUCGUCGUGGUGCGGUUUCAAGAGAGAAGGAGGUCUCUUUCAGUGUUCCUUUGCAUCCAGAAGUUUGCAGUUCGAUCCUCGAGAUAAUUUGGAGAAAGAAGGAGAAGAAAUUCGUUUAUUCCUCUCCUUAUCUAUUUUCGUCCUUUUAGAGAGAGCUCACGGAGGAUUUUUCAGAAGAGAAAGGAGGUAUUUUGGCCAUUUACAGAGGAUUGGUUGGAAGAGAGAAGGCAAAAGAAGUUCUCUUUGUUUUUGUUUGUUUCAAGGGAAAUCAGGCUGAAGUGAUAAAAGUGAAAGGGGUCUUUUCGAUACUUGCGUUUGUCUCUAUCUGUCGUUUGAUAUUCAGAUCUUUGCGCUGGAGCGAUUAGGUAUUCCGGGAACCAUGUCUUCCUUGAGCAGGGAACUGGUUUUCCUAAUCUUACAGUUCCUGGAUGAGGAGAAGUUCAAGGAAACAGUUCACAAGUUGGAACAAGAGUCAGGGUUUUUCUUCAAUAUGAAACACUUUGAGGAUCAAGUUCAGGCUGGUGAAUGGGAUGAAGUUGAGCGAUAUCUGUGUGGAUUCACAAAAGUCGAAGACAACCGGUACUCGAUGAAAAUCUUCUUCGAGAUACGGAAGCAGAAGUAUCUAGAAGCUCUUGAUAGGCAUGAUCGGGCCAAAGCUGUUGAGAUUCUCGUGAAGGAUCUCAAGGUUUUUGCAUCCUUCAAUGAAGAUCUCUUCAAGGAGAUCACCCAGUUGCUUACUCUCGAGAACUUCAGGCAAAACGAGCAGCUUUCCAAGUAUGGAGAUACGAAAUCCGCCCGGAAUAUUAUGCUCUUGGAACUUAAAAAGCUCAUUGAGGCGAAUCCAUUAUUCCGCGACAAGCUUACAUUUCCUCCCUUCAAAACUUCCAGAUUGCGGACUUUGAUCAACCAAAGUCUUAAUUGGCAGCAUCAGCUUUGCAAGAACCCUCGCUCCAACCCAGAUAUCAAAACACUUUUCACUGACCACACAUGCACCCCUAAUAAUGGAGCUCGUCCUCCUCCCACUAACAGCCCCCUCGUGGGGCCCAUUCCUAAAGCUGGAGCUUUUCCUCCCAUUGGCGCCCAUAGCCCAUUCCAGCCAGUUGUUUCUCCGUCUGCAAGUGCUAUUGCGGGAUGGAUGUCAAGCACUAACCCUUCUUUACCACAUGCAGCCGUGGCAGCGGGACCCCCUGGUCUUGUGCAGCCUCCCAAUGCAGCUGCAUUUUUGAAGCAUCCGAGGACUCCAACAAGUGCUCCAGGAAUGGAGUAUCAAUCUGCUGAUUCCGAACACUUGAUGAAGCGGAUGCGUACGGGUCCAUCUGAUGAGGUAUCGUUCUCUGGAGCAACACACCCCCCCAAUAUCUAUUCACAAGACGACCUCCCCAAAACUGUUGUCCGGACCCUUACCCAGGGUUCAAAUGUCAUGAGCAUGGAUUUCCAUCCACAGCAACAGACAAUUCUUCUAGUUGGAACAAAUGUUGGUGACAUUGCAAUAUGGGAAGUUGGUUCACGAGAUAAACUAGCAUAUAAAACGUUUAAGGUCUGGGACGUCACAGCUUGUUCGAUGCCAUUACAGACAGCAUUAAUGAAAGAUGCCGCAAUAUCUGUCAAUAGAUGUAUAUGGGGCCCUGAUGGAUCUAUACUCGGUGUUGCAUUUUCAAAGCAUAUUGUUCAAAUAUACACAUACAAUCCAACAGGGGAGUUGAGACAACAUUUAGAGAUUGAUGCUCAUAUUGGUGGUGUUAAUGAUAUUGCGUUUUCCCAUCCCAACAAACAACUCUGCAUAAUCACCUGUGGUGAUGACAAGACAAUCAAGGUUUGGGAUGCUGUAGGAGGGCGCAGGCAGUAUAUAUUUGAAGGCCAUGAAGCACCUGUAUACUCUGUCUGCCCGCACCAUAAAGAAGCUAUCCAGUUUAUUUUCUCUACUGCAAUUGACGGAAAGAUUAAAGCAUGGCUCUAUGAUUGCUUGGGAUCUAGAGUUGAUUAUGAUGCUCCUGGACACUGGUGCACCACAAUGGCAUAUAGUGCGGAUGGAACUAGGCUCUUCUCUUGUGGAACAAGCAAAGAAGGAGAUUCUCACUUGGUUGAGUGGAACGAGAGUGAAGGAGCCAUCAAAAGGACGUACUCUGGUUUUAGGAAACACUCUUUAGGUGUUGUCCAGUUUGACACAACAAGGAACCGUUUCUUAGCUGCUGGUGAUGAAUUUCAGAUCAAAUUCUGGGAGAUGGAUAAUACCAACAUACUGACCACUACAGAUGCAGAUGGUGGAUUGCCGGCAAGUCCUCGACUGAGAUUCAACAAAGAGGGAUCUUUGCUCGCUGUUACAACUAGUGACAAUGGAAUCAAGAUUUUAGCAAAUACUGAUGGCCAACGCUUGAUAAGGAUGCUGGAGAGCAGAGCAUUUGAGGGGUCUCGAGGACCAUCCGAGCCAAUAAACACAAAGCCUCAAAUUGUCAAUGCACUGGCUGCUGCAACAAAUGUUUCUGCCCCUCUAGCUGCCUCCCUUGAACGGUCCGAUAGAAUUCCACCACCUGUAUCAAUGAGUAGCCUGCAGGCUACCAUGGACAGCAGCAGGACAGCAGAUAUUAAACCAAGGAUUUCAGAUGAUGUUGACAAGACUAAAAGCUGGAAAUUGUCUGACAUUGUUGAUUCAGCACAGCUCAAAGCUCUACGUUUGUCUGAUCCCUUGUCGUCUGGCAAGAUUGUACGUCUGAUAUAUACAAACUCCGGGCUAGCUGUGUUAGCCCUUGCCUCUAAUGCAGUUCAUAAGCUAUGGAAAUGGCAGCGCACUGAUCGAAAUCCAUCUGGGAAGUCUACUGCUUCCGUCGCGCCUCAGUUGUGGCAACCCAAUAGUGGAACUCCUAUGACAAAUGACAUAAGCGAAUCCAACCCAGCUGAAGAGUCGGCUGCAUGUAUUGCUUUGUCUAAGAAUGACUCAUAUGUCAUGUCUGCAUCUGGUGGGAAGGUUUCCUUGUUCAACAUGAUGACAUUUAAGGUCAUGACGACUUUCAUGCCACCGCCUCCUGCGGCCACUUUCCUGGCAUUCCACCCACAAGAUAAUAAUAUCAUUGCCAUAGGGAUGGAUGAUUCUACAAUUCAAAUAUACAAUGUCCGGAUUGAUGAGGUUAAAAUCAAGCUCAAGGGUCACCAGAAGAGAAUCACAGGUCUUGCAUUUUCCCAGGCCAUGAAUGUGCUGGUCUCUUCAGGGGCUGAUGCACAUCUAUGUGUGUGGAGUAUUGAUGGGUGGGAGAAGAAGAAAUCAAGGUUCAUACAAGCACCGCCUGGUCGCUCAGCUUCACUAGUCGGGGAAACUAAAGUUCAGUUCCAUAAUGAUCAAGCACAUCUGUUAGUGGUCCAUGAAAGCCAAAUUGCCAUCUAUGAUAGCAAGCUUGAAUGCUUACGCUCAUGGUCUCCAAGAGAUGCACUAUCGGCACCCAUCUCAAGUGCAAUCUACUCAUGCGAUGGUUUGCUGGUAUAUACUGGGUUCUGUGAUGGUGCAGUUGGAGUCUUUGAUGCAGACAGCUUGAGGCUUCGAUGUCGGAUAGCACCCACCUCUUAUAUACCACCUUCUGUGUCAAGUAAUAACUCCGUCUAUCCUUUGGUGAUUGCGGCUCAUCCAUCUGAACCCAACCAGAUUGCUCUAGGCAUGAGCGAUGGUGCAGUUCAUGUGGUGGAGCCUCCGGAUGGAGAGUCAAAAUGGGGUGCCCCACCCCCUCAAGACAACGGGACUCUGCCGUCUCUCCCCUCGAAUGCAGCUUUGAGUAGCCAGGCAUCAGAACCUCCUACAAGGUGACUGUGGCAGGAACCAGGACUCUGAAAAGAAGCCAAACAGAUGGCCCUCUCGAGCAUAUGCAGAGGCGGUCUUUGUUAUUAUUAUUAUUAUUUUUUGUUCUCAUCUGACGCCAUCCAAUAGAGGGACAUCAUAUAAUCUUUCUCAUUGUAAAGUUUUUUUUUUUUUCCUUUUCUUUUCUUUUCUUUUUUAAUUUUCAGGGCCCAAAGAUUAAAAAUCUAAUGUGUACAUCAUCGUCAUCAGAUAUGAAACAGAUGGUUGGGGGCGUAUGAGGCCAUUUGCCUUUGCCUCUCACGUCCAUCGGUUUUAGGGUUUAUCCCUCACCA